UACCCUAGUGAGAAUCAAGUCUCCCGAGAAAGUCUCGCAAACCCCGUGUGGAAUCUGCGCCGAGGAAUUCCAGACUUUGGGGCCGCCGGUGGCUCGGAAGGUUUAGCCGCUGUUCGCGCCGCGCUCGAACCCUCCGUGCCUAGUCCAAACCGUCGGCGCGAGACGCGCCCCCCGGGCGCGGGAGUUGAGUCUGGAGGAGAGUCGGUCCCCGCCACUCUCUCAGAUGAAAAGUUGAAAGAUUAGGAGCUGAAUCUAAUAUUAAAUAAUGGCAACAGGUGACUUAAGGAGAAGCUUGCGGAAGCUACAACAAGUGCUUCGUUCGCUAAAUUACCCUAACGAAGUGGAUUAUAUUGGUUUGAUGAAGGGAGAAACAGCAGCAUUUUUGCCCAUCAUCAGCUAUUCUUUUACCUCAUAUUCCCCUUAUGUAUCAGAACUUCUGAUGGAAUCCAAUGUGGAGCUCUUAGCGAAGAAUGAUGUGCGCUUUACAGAUACCAUCUAUAAGCUUCUUCGUGAUCAAUUUGAUUAUAAACCAGUUUUGACAAAAAAGCAGUUUAUACAGUCUGGAUUUGCUGAGUGGAAAAUCCAAAUUGUCUGUGAUAUAUUGAAUUGUGUGAUGAAAAAGCACAAGGAAUUGAUUGCCGUUGAAAAGAAUCUGUCAUGCCAAAGAAAGAAGAACAUCUCAGAAGAGCCGGAGGCUUGUUCGAACAAGGAGAAAACCCCUGCCGAGGCUGUUGGCUUUGAUAUCACUGGCAGGUUUAUGACUUCAGGAAAGAAGAAAGCUGUGGUGAUCCGCCACCUGUAUACUGAAGACAGUGUCAGCAUUCCUGAAGGGACAGUAAUUUCCACAGAAGAGAGUGAUGGGUGUGAUGAGUCAGAAGAGAAGACUUGUGAAGUAAUGACUCCUGAAGAACGUAUCUCGGAAGUCAGGGCUGAGCUGCAAGCUAUCUGUAAUAAUCCUGAGAUUACUGAACUUCAGAUCACACUGGCUGAAUGUCAAGAAAAGCUUAAGAAGCUGACUUGGCUAGAGAAAAGGGUGGAGUGUUUGGAAGCUGCAGUAAAAGGGAAAGUGAUGGUUGAUGAAAAGGCCUGGAAUAACCUUCUAAGUCGAGUCACUCUUCUUGAAACAGAGAUGCUUUUGGCUAAGAAGAAUAUUCAUUCUGAAGAGAAUAAUGCAGCAUGUGAAGACUAUGAUUCUGUUAGUGGCAUGGAUAUUAUACCCUAUGAUAAAAAAGACAGUGUUGGGGAACCAGCAAGUACGUCUCGGUUGUCUAGCUGUCCUACAGUAUCAUCAGAGUCAACACCCUGGAGCUCCACUAUUAAUUACUGUAGCUUCAAGGAUUUUUCAGAGGUGUCAGCAGAUUGUUCUUCCCUGGGAGCCGUCAUGCAUUUCUCUUAUGCCGAGAAGCCUGGAAACUACUGUGAGUGGGUCUGAAUAAGAGCAUGCAGGAAUACUGUACGGAAUGUGUAAGGUGCUGUAAGAAACCAGGUUGAGGAAGCCAUGGAAGCCAGCCAACAAGAAACAUUCCUUCACGGCCUUUGAAUAAGUUCCUGCCUCCAGGUUCCUGCAGUGAGUUCCUGCCCUGACUUCUCUGGAAGAUGGACUACAAGAUGUAAGAUGAAAUAAACCCUUUUCUCCCAAAA